AUGCUUUCCAUGCAAGAGCUAAUGGAUAUGCGGAUGCAGCAGCAGCUGGCCCACGAGAUCUAUCGCCAGCAGAUCAUGCAGCGCAUUCCAGAUCCCUUUCCAUCGAUGUUACCCUUCAACAUGCCCCACCAGCAGCCGCACAUGAUGCUGCCCAGUCGUCCCACCCUGCCCGGCGUGGAGGCCAAGUUGGAGAACAACGAUUUGUGGCAACAGUUCCAUAAAAUCGGCACAGAGAUGAUCAUCACAAAGAGCGGCCGACGCAUGUUCCCCUCGAUGCGAGUUUCUCUCAGCGGACUGGAGGAGGAGGCCAGCUAUUGCGUGCUCCUCGAGAUGGUGCCCAUUGGCGAUUGCCGCUACAAGUUCUCCGGUUCGCAGUGGGUUCCGGCCGGAGGAGCCGAGCCCCAGAGUCCGCAGCGCAUGUAUCUGCAUCCGGACAGUCCGGCCACCGGUGCCCAUUGGCAAUCCCAGGCACUGCUCUUCAACAAGGUCAAACUGACCAACAAUACCCUGGACAGCAGCGGACAUAUCGUUUUGGCCAGCAUGCAUAAGUACCAGCCACGCCUGCACAUCAUCCGCAGCAGCGAGCUCACCCAACUUCCAUGGGCUCCUCAGCAGGCGUUCGUUUUCCCGGAGACGGAGUUCGUAGCUGUCACGGCCUAUCAGAACGAUCGCAUCACCAAAUUGAAGAUCGACAACAAUCCGUUCGCUAAAGGUUUCCGCGAAUCGGGUCAAUCCCGCUGCAAGAGGAAGCUGAACAGCAGCGGAAACUCCACUUUGGAGUCGGAGGACGAUGGCUCCAGUGUGAGCAGCUGCGAUUCUCCGCAGGCGAAGCGCCAGCGCCAGGAUUUUGAGCAGGACUCAACGGGCAGUGUUUCGCCAGCUUACUAUGGAGCAACUCAUCCUGUUGGCAAUCCUAUGUCUCCGUAUCUCCGCCAUCCCUUGAGCUAUGGACCCAGUGGAGCUGCCGGAUUGCCGCCCAGCAUUGCAGCUGCCUAUUUUGGUGGAGUUCCUCCGCAGAUUCUGCCAAUGCCCCCAGCCACACAUGCGCCAACUGGCGCACCUGCAAGUCCUGUGGCCUCGCAACCAGUUGGCUCCAGCACACCCACAACAUCUCCAAGGCCUUCAACCUCAACGAAAAGAAAUAGCUUCAGUAUUUCAGCCAUUUUAGCCUACUGAAAGAAAUAUUUGGUAAACCUACUUAAGUUGGAGUCAUCUUCUGUUGUGAUUAGUGAGAAACGUGUGCAUAUUCUUUGUAAGCUAAUCUAUGCUACAUCUAAGAUCGUCUAAGAACCAAGCUGCAAUCAUAUACUUUGUUAAUUCGUUUUAAGAGUCUUUGGUCAAAAUAAACAAAUCAGACAUUGAAUCCGUA